AUGAAUCAGACAAUGGUAACUUAUUUUAUUAUUAAAGGGAUUUCAGAUGUCCCUCAGCUCCAGGCUCCAAUCUUUGUUGUGGUUCUGCUCAUCUAUCUCAUGACACUUGGAGGUAACAUGACAAUUCUUCAUCUGGUCAGCCAGGAUCCUCACCUGCACACGCCCAUGUAUUUCUUUCUAGGAAACUUGUCUAUGCUGGAUAUGUCUUACACAACUAUUACUUCAAAUAGGGUUUUUGUCAAUUUCAUAUCAGGACACAAUAGUGUUUCUUAUGUUUCCUACAUUGUUCAGUAUUAUAUGUUUGGAUCAUUAGCAGUUAAUCAGUUGUUGCUACUCACUGUUAUGAGUUAUGAUCGCUAUGUGGCCAUCUGUAAUCCGCUGUGCUAUCACAUGACCAUGAACCAUACAGUUUGUGUCCUGCUGGCCAUUUUCUGUUGGGUGUUUGGUUUCCUACAAAUGUUGCCUUAUAUUGUGUUAUUGACACAAUACACUUGUUACAGAUCCAAUAUAAUCAAUCACUUCUUCUGUGAUGUUUUACCUCUUUUGAAACUCACCUGCAGUGAUACCACUUUUUUUUACACCUUGGUUCUCAGUGAAGGUGUGUUUAUUAUGGUUUUAACCCCCUUUAUGCUCACCUUUAUCUCUUAUGUAUUUAUCAUUACUGCCAUCCUGAGGAUACGGUCUACUUCUGGAAGACGUAAAGCCUUCUACACAUGCUCUUCACACCUCACAGUCGUUAUUCUUCUCUACGUGUCUCUCACCUGCCAAUAUAUGAGGCCAUCUGCAAAGGACAGUUUGGAUGAAAAUAAGAUACUGUCUGCAUUUAACAUUGCUAUUGUCCCCUUACUAAACCCACUGAUUUAUAGCUUAAAAAAUAACGAUGUGAAAUCCGCACUAAGACGUAAAUUUAGAUCUUCUAAAGCUUUAUUAUGA